CAUUGACCUUCGUUAUUCAUAUUAUGGACAUCAACCAUACUCGGCACUCCAGGUUACGCUUGGCUGCCGUCCUAACCUUUACCACCAAGUUCAUUAUAAUCGAGCUAGAAUUUACACGGAAGUUGAGUGAAUAGAAGAGAGAAUUAUAUAUUUUUAUUCAAAAGAUUUAUACGGCUUUUAAAGGAACCGUUUUACGUGAGAUGGAGAACUCAACGAUGAGGAACGGUGCCAGGAUCCUACCUCCUGAAGCCAUCUCUAAGCGACACAUUGGUCCGUAUGUGAUGAAGGAAACGUUAGGAGAGGGAUCAUUUGGAAAAGUGAAGCUUGCUACUCAUUACAAGACGCAUCAAAAAGUGGCUUUAAAGUUUAUCUCGCGGCAAUUAUUGAAAAAAAGCGAUAUGUAUAUGCGUGUUGAACGCGAGAUAUCUUACUUGAAGCUUCUUCGACAUCCUCAUAUCAUCAAAUUAUACGAUGUUAUCACCACGCCUACAGAUAUUGUAAUGGUCAUUGAGUAUGCUGGAGGUGAAUUAUUUGAUUAUAUCGUUGAAAAGAAAAGGAUGACGGAGGAUGAAGGUCGUCGAUUUUUCCAGCAGAUCAUCUGUGCUAUAGAAUAUUGUCAUCGACACAAGAUUGUUCACCGAGAUUUAAAACCAGAAAACUUGCUUUUGGAUGACAAACUGAAUGUUAAAAUUGCUGACUUUGGUUUAUCGAAUAUUAUGACUGAUGGAAACUUUUUAAAAACUUCCUGUGGAAGUCCCAAUUAUGCCGCUCCUGAAGUAAUUAAUGGAAAACUCUAUGCUGGCCCCGAGGUUGAUGUUUGGAGUUGCGGUAUCGUUUUGUAUGUCAUGUUGGUGGGCCGCCUUCCUUUUGAUGAUGAGUUUAUUCCUAAUUUGUUUAAAAAAGUAAAUAACUGUAUUUACGUGAUGCCGGAUUUCUUGUCGCCAGGCGCUCAGUCUCUUAUUCGACGAAUGAUUGUUGCAGAUCCCAUGCAGCGUAUUACCAUUCAAGAAAUUCGUCAUGAUCCAUGGUUUAAUAUCAAUUUGCCUGAUUAUCUACGUCCUAUGGAAGGCUUUCAGGAUUCUUAUGCUGAUCCUCAUAUUGUUAAUAAGCUGAGUGAAGCGAUGGGAUAUACUGAAGAUUACAUUUACGAAGCCUUACGUUCCGAGAGUAAUAAUGAGUUAAAGGAGGCGUAUGAUUUACUACAUGAAAACCAAAUUAUUCAAGAAAAGAGUCAUUUCUCAAAUUCAAAGAAAGUGGAUUCGUUUCUUUCUGUUUCUCCUCCUGCCUUUACGGAAUAUGCGGAUGAUCUAAACAAUUCUAAAGAGCCGGAAUAUCUUGAUCCCAUGAUUGAGGGAUCGAGAUGGUCACAUUCGGAGCCUCCGGCUAAUCAAGAACAGACUGUCGACAGUCAUAUCCGUAUCCUUGUUCCAGGCGAGAAUAACCAGUUGAUAGUGAAAACCUUGUUGGAUGCCAAUAAUGAAGCUGCUUUGUCACAGACAGGAAAGAAAAAAAGCAAGAGAAAUCGUUGGCACUUUGGCGUCCGCUGCCGAGGAGAUGCUCCCGAGAUUUUACUGGCUGUAUAUCGUGCUCUACAGCGUGCUGGUGCUCAAUUUACAGUGCCAGUGCAGCAUAAUGGUAAGUACAAAUCCGACAUGUAUACGAUCAAGAGUAUUUGGGAGAUUCCUCAUUGCAAGAAAGAAGGAAGAAAAGUCUAUGCGUAUAUUGAGUUACAGCUUUAUGAAGUUAUGCCAGAUUGUUAUAUGUUGGAUGUCAAGGCAAAUGGUUAUAAAGAUUUUUCACGACAUGGAUCAGUUGUUACGGAUCAUGAAGUAGAUGAUUUGAAGUCCUCGUUCCCCUUUUUGGAUUUAUGUGCUACUCUCGUUUGCAAAUUGUUUUCUGCUUAAUAAUUCAAAAUUCCUGUAUAUUCCUAUUCGAUCUCCUUCUUCUCUUUUCCUUUUUUUUUUACGAAACUCUUAUUGAAUUAUGUUAAUGAAUUCACAUUUCGAGCAAAUUCCUAUGGCGGAUGAACUAUGUAUUGCACAUGGUUAUGCAGAUUAUAACGUGCUUAAACUUGCAUUUGGGCGGUGUUUAUUCUGUAAUAAAAUCCAUAAUGUUUAUUAAACUUAAGACUAUCAUUAGGACGAAGUGCUUGAAAAGGUUAGUUUGUUCAAGCACAUAAACUAACCUAAUAAUGCACCUUUAUGGUAUUGUUUUUCAGAACAUAUCCCGCUGUUUUUUGCCGUGUACACAACCUUUUCAAAAAUUAUAAGAAAAUGCAUAAAAGUAUUAGUAUCAAAUUUUUAUGUUUUAUUUAAUGUCAAUUAAUACUUUCGAUUAUUGUGCAGUGUCUAGAAAGUAUAUAAAUACAUAAAGGCAAUUAAACCAAAGUAGGACAAGUAAAAUGCAAUAGCUUCUCGGG